AUGUCGGGACGCAAACUUGGAGGCGGUCGCAUCCUCGGAAGCGGCAAGGGUCUGGCGCCUCCAACCGCAGCUCCUCGGCCUACCAGUACCGUUGCACCGUCUGAUAGCACCAUCUCCCUUGGGUCAUCGUCGACAUCGCCGCCCGUCACGGCUAGUCUGCCUGACCUCCACCAAGACAUUGAAUCGAGCAUCAGUGUUGGCGCCUCGGGUCAGAGGGGGCCAGGAUCCGCAGACGCCUCAGCAGCCCUCGUUUGCCCGAUCUGCAACGAGGAAAUGGUUACAUUGCUGCAGCUCAACCGCCACAUUGACGACAAUCACCAGGAGCUUCCCGAGGAGGAGCAGGACGAGGUCAAGACCUGGUUUGACAAGCAGGUCCUCAAAGCUAAACGAUUUCAACCCCUGUCCUUGCUCAAUCAGAAGCUGCGCGGCCUCGAGUCGUUCGAAUCAAACGAGUCAAUGCCCAUACAUUAUACACAGAACGGGGGAUCCUCCAACCAUGUCCCUCCCUUCUCAGCUGCUGCCGGCAAGGCACAGGCCGAGAUGGCCGUUGACCCCGACGAGUUGAUCACGCGAAAACACUGGCAGAGAACGACGGCCAAUGAUUACUGUACUGAUCCGACAUGUGGCCGCAGCCUCGGCCCGCUCACGGGGAGCAUCAAUUGUCGACAUUGCGGGCGACUCUUUUGCGAGAUGCACACCAUGUACCAAAUGAAGCUCAGCCGUAGCGCCCUCCACGAGCCCGUCCGCGGCUACUGGGCACGCGUCUGCGAGACGUGCUACAAGUCACGAGAGGGUUACAACGACCAUACGGGGCUCGUAGUCGACCACACGGCCAAGUUUGUCAAGAUCCGCGGUGAAAAGGUUGAGCGGCAAAACCUCGAGGCCUCGAGGCUGGAGAAACGUCUUACCAAACUGACAAGGCUUCUCGCCAACCCUCCCGAAAAGCUGGCCAUGCCCAUAUCGCCAAUGGCAUCUCUGGCUGGCCAGAAGAACAAUAGGAAGCUGAUUGAACAGUCAGUUGUGGCGUGGGAAGACGACAGCCACGUUACCAAGUGCCCUUUUUGCCAGCAAGAGUUUGGAUCCUGGACAUUUAGGCGCCAUCACUGUCGGAUAUGCGGCCGGGUGGUGUGCGCAGAUCCAGAGACGCAGUGUUCCCUGCAUGUCGGCCUGAGCGUUGCCAAUUCAAUUAGCCAGUCUACCGAGAAACCGGCCGUCCCUGCCUCACCAGGCCAGGUGAAUAUUGACGUACGCAUGUGCCGCGACUGCAAUCAUAGCAUAUUCUCAGGCCGCGAGUUUGCCGAAUCGUUACAGCAGAAACCCGCCGACCAGCGCGCCUACGAGACGCUGCGCCAGUUCGAAGGCGGCAUCCGCGAGCUGCUGCCUACCUUCCACCGCGCGCUGACGGCUCUGCAGCCGGACAAGACGGAGACGGGUGGGGUUGACCUGAACAAGCCUCCACCGACGCACGCCCAGAUCCAGGAGGCGGCCAAGAUCCGCAAGCGCCUCGUCGAUAGUUUCGCCAAGUACGGCGCCGCCGCCAAGCGUAUCCGCGACCUGAGCACCAAGAGCCCCACGCAGCGGAAGCUCCAGAUGGCUGUGUACACGUACGCCAGCGGCUUCCUGCACACCAACAUGCUCCCCCUCAAGAGCCUGCCGGCCCUCCUCCGGUCGCACUCGGCGCCUUUGUCAUCAUCACGCUUCACGUCCCCCCACCGGGGCUACUCUGGCCUUCGUCACUCGCAGCUAGCCGGCUCGGAGCCCCCGACGGCAAACUCUUCGGCGCCCCCCAGCGUCACAGACGACGGCUCCAGCACCGUAGUCUCCCAGCUUGAAGUCGAGGAGAAAGACCUGCGCGAGCGGCUCGUCGUCCUAGAGGAGCAGCGCUUCAUGGUGGACGACAUGCUCCGCUCCGCCACGUCAGCCCGUCGCUUCGAAGAGGUCAGCGCCCUGUCGCGAAACCAGGACGAACUUCAAAGUGAGAUUGACGAUUUGCGCGCCAAGGUCAGAAACCUCGAGGCCCGCUGGGAGGGUGUCUAUACCAAUCCCGUCUAA